AUAAAAAGAGAAUGAUUCCCAUCUUUAACCUUUCCUCACGGUACAACACCUUAAACUGUAGACGUUUUGAGAUGAAUAAAAAGGCUUUGAUGAGGAUUUUUCUUCUUUCUGUUUUUGUCCAUCAGACAGAAAAUCAUGGCACCGUUUGGUCACUUGGUUUAUUUUGAAAUUCUGAUUCCGGAAGCCGCAUCGCUCUCCGCUCUGUCCGUCUUUACCGCGCGCUUCGCUCGGUGACGUCUCUCACCGGUAAAAUCCACCGACCAGUCGACCGGACUGACCGCUUCUCCUUCCUCUCACAGCGGCAUCACGGCGUCACGGAGCCCCGACUCUCCUCCUCCCUUCCCCGGCCUGACGGGCCGCGACGAGCCGCUGACAGCAAGGAGCGGGUUCCGCUUCUUCUCCUCGGGACGAUGAUGGAUGUAACUCCGGUACCGACCCACGGACACGGAGCCCGGUGGACUCGGCGGAGGGGCAGCGGGGACCUGUGAACCGCCUGCCGGUCUGAGGAUACUGACGCGUUUUUUUCCUGGUUUCUGGUCUUUUUCCUACAAUGUCACCAUCAAGGAGACGCGGCUGAGGCGCCUGCUCCUCCUGUCGGAUCUCCGCUGCCCGUCCUCCUCCUCAGUCCCGAUCCUCACCGUUUAUCUAACGUUAGAUCCGGUAUGAGCGGAACCGAACCUCCCUGUCACAUCUGACCGGGGUUUAGGGGGUGGCGGCGGCGGGCUGCUGGUCCGAGGGGGAAGCGUUUGGAUUUAGUGGAUGAGAACCGGUCACCGGCCCGGAUUCGGUGCGGAGGGACGCCGGUCGGAGCGGAGGAGGAGGAGGAGGAGGAGAGAGGAGGAGGAGGAGGAGCAGCGGCAGUAGCAGCUGCAGGGAACCGAACUGACAACCUCAUCCCCCGGGGGGGAGAGAAGCAGCGAGGCGGCCAGAGGAGGAUGUGAAGAUGGGUUUAGUUUUCGGUCUCCUGUGGCUGUUCACCGGCUUCCUGCAGGGCGUGCACGGCCAGGGCGUGUACGCGCCCCCUACAGUGCGGAUCGUGCACUCGGGUCAGGCCUGUAACGUGGAGGAGGAGCGCUACAGUGAGAGGGUUUACACCAUCAGAGAGGGAGAGACUCUGGAGCUGCAGUGUCUGGUGACAGGACACCCCCGCCCACAGAUUCGCUGGACUAAGACGGCGGGCGGAGCCUCAGACCGUCAGGGCGACUCCUCUCUGCACAACGAGACUCUGAAGAUACAAACCAUCACCCGCCACCAGGGGGGGCGCUACUACUGCAAGGCUGAGAACGGACUGGGGUCUCCAGCCAUCCGCUCCAUACGAGUCGACGUCUACUACCUGGACGACCCAGUGAUAACGGUUCAUCAGAGUGUUGGGGAGGCGAAGGAGCAGUUUUACUUUGAGAGGACGGUGUUUCUCCGCUGUGUUGCCAACUCCAACCCACCUGUUCACUACACCUGGAGGAGAGGCAGGGAGGUGCUGACGCAGGGCUCCGACUCCGGGGUGGAGAUCUACGAACCGUUUUUUACACAGGGCGAAACGAAGAUCUUGAAGUUGAAAAAUCUUCGUCCUCAGGAUUACGCUGACUACACCUGCAUCUCGUCCGUCAGGAACGUCUGUGGCAUCGGCGACAAGAGCGCCCACUUCAGUCUGAACAACAGGACAGCUCCUCCAUCCAUUAAACUCCUCCUGGACGACCCCCUGGUGGUAAACCCAGGAGAGACGAUCACUCUGGUGUGCGUGGCAUCAGGCGGAGAUCCUCCCCCAACACUCACGUGGGUGAAGGCGGGAGGGGAGGAGCUCCCGAAGAGGAGCGUCAUCAAUGGCGGCACCUUGACCAUCCCCGGUGUCACCGUGGACGACGGCGGUGCCUACAGUUGCGUGGCGUCCAACAACGUGGGAAACCCUGCCAAGAAAUCCACCACCAUCCUGGUCAGAGGCCUUCGUAAAGGUCGGUUCUGGAUUACGCCUGACCCUUACCACAAUGACGACAACAUCCAGAUUGGCCGGGAGGUGAAGAUCAGCUGCCAGGUGGAGGCCACGCCGCCGGAGGAGCUGCAGUUCAGCUGGCUGAAGAACGGCCGGCCGCUGAGGAGCUCCGAGCGGAUGGUCAUCACCCACACCGACACCGACGUCUCGCCAGGAACCACCAACCUCGACAUCAUCGACCUCAAAUUUACCGACUUCGGCACCUACACCUGCGUGGCGUCGCUGAGGAACGGAGGGAUUCCCGAGAUCAGUAUCGACGUCAACAUCUCAUCCACCACAGUUCCUCCAGAGCUGACCGUCCCCAGGGGGCGCUCUCACCUCAUCGCUCAGGAGGGCGACACCGUGGACCUGCAGUGUCUGGUCUCAGGGAAACCCAAACCCAUCAUUCUGUGGUCUCGGGUGGAGGAGAGCGGGGCGGCGGCGGCGGCGGCAGCAGCUCUGAUGCCGGACGGCUCGGCUCAGACAGAGAGCUACGACGGCGUCCUGAGGAUCAACAACGUGACGAGGGAGAUGAGCGGGACGUACCGCUGCCAGACAAGUCAGUACAACGGCUUCAACGUGAAACCGAGGGAGGCGCUGAUCCAGCUGGUGGUGCAGUUCCCUCCGACCGUGGAGCCAGUGUACACGGAGAUCCGUCAGGCUCUUGGCCGGGCGUUCAGCCUCACCUGCCGCCUCCUGCGAGCUCACCCGGCUCGCCUCCUGCGAUAUGAGUGGAAGCUGGGCUCCCGCCUCCUCACUGUCGGACAGUUUAGUGACCAGAAGGACGACACCAGCUACCAUGUACGAGCACUAAACCGAGAGGGCUAUGGCGAGUACACCUGUGACAUCACCAACGAGGCAGGGGCGGGGCGCUGCACCUUCCUGGUCACAGGGAAGGCCUACCCUCCAGAGUUUUACUACGACACCUACAGCGCUCUGUGGCAGAACCGACCCCGGGUCUACGGCUUCAAGCUUCAAUGGACUCAGAUGGAGCCCAACGCUGUGGACCGGAUCCUGGCCUACAGACUCGGCAUCAGACAGAUGAGUCAGUCUCGCUGGUGGGAGCAGGAGAUUCCCAUGGAGGCGACCAUCCAGAAGGGGGAGCUGUUGACCUACAAUCUGACUGAACUCGUCAAACCGGAGUCCUACCUGGUCCGCCUCACCCCCAUCACCCGCUACGGCGAGGGAGACGCCACUGAACGCAUCAUCACGUACAGCGCUCCUGUUAACCCACAUCUCAGGGAGUUCCAGUGUGGUUUCGAGGACGAGGCGUUGUGUUUGUUCUCUCAGGACAAAACGGACGAGUUUGACUGGACGCGUCACAGCGCCGCCACACGAGACACCAAAUAUACCCCGAACACCGGGCCGAGCUCCGACCACACCGGCUCCAAGCAGGGUUUCUACAUGUACAUUGAGACAUCGAGGCCGAGGCUGGAGGGGGAUAAAGCCCGGCUUCUGUCUCCCACCUUCAACAUGAACUCCAAGACCACCUCUUCCUCCUCCGUCAACAACAACCCCACCUACUGCUUCGCCUUCUUCUACCACAUGUACGGGAAACACAUAGGAGCUCUGAACGUGUUCCUGCGUCAGAAAGGUCAGACGGUGACAGACACCUCAGUCUGGAGUCUGACCGGUAACCAAGGAGACCGCUGGAGACAAGCCAAGGUCAACAUCCACCCAACCACAGCCUUCCAGAUGGUGAUGGAGGGAGUCCGAGGCGCUGGUAUCGAGGGAGAUAUCGCCAUCGAUGAUGUAACCAUCGAGGAGGGCGAAUGUAAAGACCCUCCACCCAACAAUUUAAGGUCACUCGCCCCACCCUCUUCGCCCCAUAUAUGGCAGCUGUGCAUCACUCUGAGUCUGGCUGUGAUUGGCCGGCAGAGGUGACCCCGCCCCCCUCCCUGCAACGCCACGAUCUUUGACUCCUCUGCCCUUUCCAUCACCUCCACAUCCACUCCUAUCCCCAACAUUUACCCCUCCCACCCCUCCCUCUACCCAAACUACCAAAGAUUUGGUCAGAGCUGCAGAGACUUCCUGAGAGAAGUGAGGAUUGUUUACGUUGUACGAAAAAGUCAGCUCAGUAUUGAGCUCAGUGUGAACAGAUCUGAACUAAAAGGAAACAGAUUUUUCUUUGGUCAGGACCAAACAAACCAAGCUACAGUUGUGUCAGAGAUGUUUGUUGGCUCCAAGAAGAAGAACUUCACACUAGAGUAAAAGAACAAAACAGAGUGAAAAAAGUGAGUUUUUACAUAUGUCAUUAGAUUUUAGUUUCAUCCGUCUGCAGCCUCGUGUCUUUGCUCCCAGCCUGAGGAUGAUCAGUUUUAUUGUCAACCUUAUGGUUUCAGCUCAGAGAGACAGGUUCACUGUUAAAGAAGAAAACCUAGAGAGUCUGUUCAGAUCUUCAUCGGGCAAAAUUCACCCAGGCAGAGAGACAGGCAACACCAUGCUACAGGUUUUCACCUGGGAAAAACCCACCAAUCAGUCCAAGUGUGCAUAGAAACUGAAGUUGAAGAGCUGAAGAGGUCCUCAGAUAAAAACAUAGACAAUACUGAGUUCUUACAGCUGUAAACAUACACAGUAAAUAUACCAGUAGGGGACAUUUUACACCAUGUAGCCUGUAUUCGCAGCUUGGGAAUAAUGAGAUUUCUUUCUCUUUUGCCCAUUUUAGAUUCAUUUUAUCUUUUCUUUUCCGACACUGUGUCAUUAUCUAAUGUCUUCAGAGAGCCCUGUUGGAUAAUGUGAACCCAUUUUUUAUAAAGCUGGCAUAUUAUUUAUGCAGGUUUUUACCUGCAAGAGCUCAAUAUUGAGUUUUCUAUUUGAGGAGUUCAUUGACUUUUUGCUGGUGUUCUGUGAUUGGUGGUAGCCUUUAUAUGUCAGGUACUGAAGGUCUGAGGACCGAGACGUCAUCUUGAUAAAGUGAGUCAAAGCGAUGGAGAGUCUGGAUCCUCUGCACUCACUCACCACCUGGAGUUUUAAAAAAGAGGAAGUAACAGCUUGAAUGUGAACCUGACCCACCCCCGUCUAGGCAUGGGACGAUAUGAAAAUUUCAUGUCACGAUUAUCCUGGCCAAAAUAAUUAUGAUUCACAAUAUAGUUGUGACAAUCAUGAAAAUAUGAUUUAAACUCUUUGAACUGUUCUUUACGGGCUGUGGCCAAAUUAACGUUACAGUUAACGUUAACAGUAGGAAAUAGCAGUCAAUUUGCCGCUAACAUUAGCUACAUAGCUAAUGUUAGCUUAAUCCACCAGUGACCAAAAUAGCAUCAUAACCUAACAAACAUUUAGAUAAAUGUCACCGGUAGUAUAACUAAACAAACACCUGCUACAUUCAGUAACUGAAGGUAAUGUUGGUUAGUCUUACCUGGAGUUCUUUGUUGUGGAAUCAAUAGUAUUUCCACACAUCUAAUUUAACUUUCUUUUGUGGGGGAUACAAUGGGCGAGCUGAGCUUUCAGAUAUGGUGACAUGCUUAGCAUUUUGGAACGACUGGAAAGAUGCAGCUCCCCCUUUUGGUGGUUCAAAUUAAGUCAAUACAGGACUGUAUGUUGGCUACACAGGUUUUUUUUUACUCACUUAUGAGGAUAUUAACAAUGAUCCUAUUCAUGCUAUUUUAUCAUGAUAGAAAAUAAAAUCAUAAGUCCCAUCCCUCUACCCCUCCAUCACCUCCCAUGAACCCUCCCUCCCUCCAUAUUCCCUCUCCACAGAUCAACAGUACUGUACCGAGAGCUGGACGGACAAACAGCAGUCUCUUGUUUUUUGGGAGGAGGAGGGAAGGUAACUUUUUACAGCGGGCGGACCCACAGAGCGGUAUUUAAAAAAAACAACAAAAAAAAACUAUUUUGACAUCUGUCUGUCUGUGGCGGACCAAGGAGGAAAGUUCACCCUCUGCCAUGACAUCAAGUGCCUUCAGACUCACAGAGGAAAAGACCGCCGGGCCGACGACCACCACCGAAACAAAACGAAAGAGUUGGACACCGACAUUUCUUAACAAUCAGAGAGAAAAUAACUGAUAAACACAGAUAUCUCCUUGUCUGAAUAUGCAGAGAAUCAGUUUUUUACUUCUUGUUUGUUCGUUUGUUUUCGUUUUUGGAGAUAAAAAUGUUUAUGAUGACGAGGAUUCUGGGAUUAAGCAACAAAGAAGCCAUGGACAACAAACAGACUGACAACACACAGGAAGCUCACUGAUUUAUUUAAUGAACACAAGAACAACAUGCAAUCAUAAACUGAGGAUCUGUGACUGGAUAUUUCAGAGUAAAAGAGAGUAAAAGAACUUCCUGUUGGAUGAUUUUCAGCCCUAAGCCAACGGGAUUUGAGCAUUUGGUCUCUCAGAACUAUUUUAGUAUUUCAAAAUGAGUUUUCAGAAGGUGGCAGGGACUUUAAUGCCACCUGAGACCAUCAGUUACCUUAAAAUUACAAAAACAGCUGGAGCUUUUGGAAAAACAAAGGAAGAAAAAUGUAUUGUAAAAUCAAAUCUUAUAUUGUUCCUAUGAUGUUAUAAGGACAGAGGGGAGAUAUUUACAAAUUUUAUUUUAUCUUUACUCAUCUCUGUUGUUUUCUUGGUUUUAAUGAGGAUGGGAGUUUUAGUUCAGGUUUCUGUGUUUUAUUUUGUUUUAUUCAUUUAUUUUGUUAGGUUUUUUUUUUUUUUUUUUUAAGAUAUGUGUAAAAACUCCAAGGGAAAUUUUGAAAGAAAAAUUCUGGGGCAAAUUUUUUGAUGGUUUGAGUGUGAUUUGAUACACGUCCUGCUGGUAAAACAUUUCUAUCAAAAGCAAAACUCCAUGGUGAGAAUCCAUUUUUUUAAAAAGCACAAAGAGACAAAAAUGACUUUAUUUAAACAUAGUUGACAUGUGCACACAUUCAUCAUAUGGAAGCCCAUUUCUGUCAACAAAAGGAAAAAAAUGCAGCAAUCUCUGAAUUAAAAAGCCAUAAUCCAUAUAUUUUAAAUUUUUGUUUUUGUUUUUAAUUUGUUUUCAUAAUCUGUUUAAUUUUAUUUUAUUUGGAAUUGAAAAUAAUUUCAUUUUUUUUAAAAUCAAAAUUUGAUUCACUAUCACAAUUUUGCUUUUAGUUUGACUUACAUACUCAGUUUUUACUUAAAACUAGUAAGUUACUUAAAAAGUAUAAUUUUGAUUUAAAUAUUAAUAAAUUACAUAUUAUUCUUUGUAAUUAUUUAUUCUUUGUAACUAUUUCGUUAUUUUUCAUUAUCAUGAUUUGAAAUCCUAAUUUUUAUAUAUCACACAAUUCUGACUUUAAAAAGUCACCAUUUUGACUUACUGCCACGUAAUUUUUAAAAAGUAAUAAUUCUGACUUACAGGUUUGAUUUAAUUUCUCAUCAUUGUGACAUGAUUUGCUUUCCUACUUUUGUUUUAAAAAAAUUUUUUUAUUUUUCAGCUCUUACUCAGAAAUGUAUUUUUCUUUUUCUUGGCAGAAGUGAGCUUCUGUACAUCAGCUCGGACACAUGCGAUCAUAUAAAAACCACGUAACUGCCAUUUUGAUUCAUGUGGUUUAACAACAUAUGUGAGAAAAGACUUAAAGUUGAAAAUACAUUUAAAGUGACACAGCAGUCGAAUCUCUGAGUGAAUCAGAAUAUGUGCCAUUUUGAGAAAGGUUUGACCAAAUCGUUCAGGGAUUUGAUUUGAUCAAUUGAAAGUGGAUGUGACUCAUUCAGUCUCUACAGAAUAAGCUGUCAUGAGUUAACAAAGUCCAUAGUGGUUUUAUAUGAUUCACAGUGUCUUUAAAAAUGUCUUUCCUCAGAAAAGAUUUUUAUUGGAGAUACAUGUUUUUUCACCACACAGUAAUGAUGAGCAGUAUUUAAAAAGCCUGAUUUGCAUCUCAGCUGCCACUGUUACACAUACUGUUAUUAAACUGAUCAGAAGUCAUUCAGCAAAUGAUCCAUUACAUAAAUUAUUCCCUCAGAUAAAUAUCAUCUCUUUUUAAUGUUUUGUUGAUUCAUUUUUCUCCCUGUGGCGACACUUUUAUUUUCUCAGUGUGUUUUUCCACUGCAGCUCGCUGUUAAUCGUGCUGAUAAUCAGAUUUUUAUUAAAGCUCCUGUGGGUAUCAGUUUAUCCUCCACUGCAUUAUUAUUGCAUUAACUGUUUGCUGGAAUCACUGCAAGUGAUUAGUCGCCUCCGAUAAAGUGACAACAUUCAAACUCCAUGCAGUGGUUACAUAGAUAAGCAAUACUUCAACAUAGGAUUCCUCUGUCCUGCCAAUACAAAAACAUUCCUUCAAAGCAAAAGAAAUUUGUAUGGAAGUCCAUUAAAGCCUGAGAAAGAAGAGAAACAUGAAUACCUUAUAAAAUAAAAUAUCCUGAGGUGAGUCAAAAUUGUAUAAAACAUAAUAAUCUUCAUUUACUUAGUUGAAAUUAAGUAAGAAUUAUGAGAAUUAAAAUGAUUAUCAUUUCAUAAUUUUGAUUUAUUUUUGAUAGCUGAUGUUUAAUUUCUUAAAUUGUUAUCACAGCACAAAUAGUCAACCCCAAUAAACACCAUGGCAGGUGGCUGAGAGUUGUAGUCAUCUUGUACACCAACAAAAUAACUUUGUGCAAAUUACAUCAAAGUUUUCAGUUUUUAAAAGUCUGUAGAAGAUAUUAUCUAAAUAAUAUAGUCAAAACAAUCUCUCCUUGUUUUCUUAACAGCUUUUCUGGAAAACAUAUCCCUUGGGUUUACAGAGUUAAACACUGACAUUAUGACCCACCUGCCUAAUAUGCUGUUGGUCCUCCACCUGCCGCCAAAUCAGCUCCAACCCACCGAGGCAUGGACUCUACAAGACCUAUGAAGGUGUCCUGUGAUAUCGGACGCCAGGAUGUUAGCAGCAAAUCCUUUAAGCCCUGUAAGUUACCGUGAAAUAAUCGGUUUUUCAUCUGGUUGGUUGGCGACAGGCAGCCUGCAGACCAAAACUGGUCAUUAGCAAUGAUUACGUUACUCUGAUUUAUUUGAUUUUUUUUUUUAAAUAUCAGACAGCCUGUCAACCAACCUCCAAAUAGACUCCAAAUAGACCCCCACCUGAAGGAUACUUAUUGUACUUUUAUCUGUGUUGAGACUGAAUGACAGGCAAAAUCAUUCAGAAUUAGGCUGUAAUAGAUCUCCAUCAUCUUUAUAUAGAGUAAUUCAUAGCAAGAGUUACCCACAAAAUCACUUCCUCUAUAGCAAUUUAGCCUACAAAAUAAAAGCACGAUUAAAGUUAUUUGCAGCAAAGCUGUUUCAAACUAAUUUAGAGCUUUUUUCCUGAAAAGUUCUGACUGAAGUUUAAAAUAUUUUGUUGCUGCUUAACAAACAUCUGAAACACCUGACAUGUGACGUUCAAGGGAGAAAAAAAUGUAAAUUAUGUAAACUUACAUGAGACAGUGGGCGAAUGAAAAUUCCAUUGCAAUCGCAUUUUGUAUCAACUACAACUACAAUUCAGCUUCUUCAGUUAGUCAUUGAUUACAUUCUGGCCAAACAUCUAAUGAAGUAGAAUGAAAGUAGUUCGAGGUUGACUUUACGCCUGGUGUAGAAGUUAGUGGAAUAGGCAAUCCAGCAUAUAGAAAUACAGUGAAUGAAAUUUGAGUAAAAUUCCCAAAAUAUAACAAAUUAAAAAUAAAAAUAGUAAAAUAAUAAUAAUAAUAAUAAAAAAUUUUAGGCUAACAUUAAUUAAACAAACUUAUUAAGAAUAUACAUUAUAAGAAGUGAUUUAACAGAUGAUUUGAAAGAUUUGACAAAUUAAUUUUUACUGUUUUCCAACAGUUGAAUCACUCAGGCAGCAGCGUGUCAGUGAAUAAAACUCAGGCUUUAACAUCAUGUGAAUCAGUGUUGUUUUGUAAGACCACAUCUUUUAAUUUAGUUGGAUUUUAAAUAUUCCUUCAUAGUCGUCUCAGCUGAUCAAAGCUGCAGCUGUCGACUGUCUGCAGUAGAAAAACAUGUCCUCAUUCAUUCCCCUGAGGGUCUGGUGUCUCUGUCUUGUUUAUAUUUGGAUUUGUGAGGGAGAGGGGCAAUAAAAGUUUUAAAAAAGCUACCGACACGAUUCUGGACGUGUGAAGAAAGAUAUUUUUAUAACUGUGAUUAUUCUCUGCAAUAGAUUCUCAGAUCAGUUGGACUGACUGACGAUUACACUGCAUUCUGGUUGUUAUUAUUAUUAUUAAUGAUUAUUAUUGAUUAUAUUAAUAAAUACACUCCAAAUGUAA